UCUCAGACACGUGUACAGGGAAAGCAGGAAGUGGAGCUGAUCAGCUGCAGCUGGGCAGAGGAAGCGGUGGGAUGAUCGAAGGAUACAGUCCUGUGGUGCAGUCCCUGCUGGGGACUUUGUUCACAUGGGGUCUGACGGCGGCCGGCUCGGCUUUGGUCUUUGUCUUCUCCACGGGCCAGAGACGGAUCCUGGAUGGCAGUUUGGGGUUUGCCGCUGGGGUGAUGUUGGCAGCCUCCUAUUGGUCUCUCCUGGCCCCAGCUAUUGAGAUGUCGUCGGAGUAUGGAAGCCUGGCUUUCCUCCCUGCCGCCGUUGGUUUCUCCUUGGGGGCCGGCUUUGUGUAUUUUGCUGACCUGCUUCUUCCGGCACUGGGCAUAAGUGACGACCCUUACUCUGCCGUUGGUUACGACUCCAGACCGCCAAAGGAGAAAGACGAAGGAUUAUCGUAUGGAGAUCGCGAACUCAGUAUUCGAAUAGGUAGAGGCGUCUCUCACAAAGAUAAGUUUGAGAAUGGUGAUGUUUACCAGAGGAAAAAGGGGGCCCAUUCUUCUCCUGGAGAUGACCUGUCACUGCUGAGCGCCCGAGAACCCGCCAACAAAGGUGGGAACAGCUGGAGGCGGAUCAUGCUUCUCAUCCUGGCCAUCACCAUACACAACAUUCCAGGUAAGACUCAUGUCUGGUCAUCUGCAAUCAUCAUCACCAAUGGUUGGGAAUGGUUCGCCAAAGAGUCUGUAUAGAAAACCACUGGUCAU